GCUCCGUGUUGUUUACACAUGGUUGAACGUUCACGUGGAAAAAAAAAAAGAUAUUGUUCUGUAUGAAAAAAAAUGUCUUCAAAGAAAAAUAAAAGCAAGACGAAGAAGGGAAGUGAAGGAGACAGCUCGCUCGUAGUGAAGGAGGGAUCUGAAGGCUCCUCAAACCUGCAAACAUCCGGUCACGAAGGAGGAGGAAGCUGCAGAAGUUUUAACAACAACUCAUUCACUGUCACGGAUUUCAUUGAUAAAGCUGAUGACAAAACGCCGAGAUGUUGCAGAUCGACUUUAGCCCAGCUGAGCCUCAACUCAAUGAAGUCGGCGAGCGUCUGCAUCGGGAGACCGGUCCUGCUGACGAGUCCAACGGGAAAACAAGAGGUGUGUUUGGGAUGGCCAGUUGCAGCUUUUCCUGCGGGGAAAGUUGGUCUUCAGAAAUGUGCUCAGAGUAACCUCAAGGUGAAGUCAGGGGACGAGGUGACGCUGCACCCACUGACAGGUGCUGUUCUUCAAGCAGAGGAGGUGACGCUCUCCUGCAGGUCCAAAGACGACACGUUAGAGACGGAGGAGUUCAAAAACUUCUUCCUAAGGACUCUGGUUGGGAAAAUCAUCUUGCCAGGAAAUGUGAUCUCCCUGACGUACUUCGGCCGCUCAUGCAGUCUCCGGGUGGAGGCCGUUAGAGGGGAAGACGGCGCCACCCUCCACAGACCGGCUCCUCCCCCAGGACCGGGCCCUGACACCGAGGAGUCGUCUGUGAUGAACUCUGUGCUGGACUCGUCGUCAGCCGACCUCUCCCUGCAGCUCAGCUUGCUCACUGUGGACGACGACAACACUGAAGGGACAGCGAGCACGCCUGGAGAGCCUGGACCUGCAGCCAGCACCCCGCGUAGACCAGCACAACUCCCCUGUCUCUCCUCGCCCCCUGCUCUCUGUACCCCGUCGUCCUACAUCUCCCAGAAUCCUCCUUCAGGGGAGAGUGUCAAUCUGGAGAACUCAGUCAGCUCAGAGAAAAUCCCCACAGCUCCCCCUGGUGGUGCCUUGAAAACUGACACCUUCUACUGCCUCUCCUGCUCCACUAAAGUCAGUUUGAGAGACCGAGCGGGGAAGGAGGAGGAGCCAGACGCAGAAGCUAAAAGAUCAAAAGUCACAUACAGCAUGAUUGGCGGGCUCAGCAGCCAGUUGGAUGUCAUCAGAGAGACCAUCGAGCUUCCUCUGAAACACCCAGAGCUGUUCUCCAACUAUGGGAUUCCACCUCCCAGAGGAGUCCUUCUGUACGGUCCUCCAGGCACAGGAAAGACUUUGAUUGGCCGAGCCAUAGCCAACGAGGUGGGAGCUCACAUGACGGUGAUCAACGGCCCUGAGAUCAUGAGCAAAUUCUACGGUGAAACAGAAGCGAGGCUGAGGCAGAUCUUUAUGGAAGCAUCUCAGAGACGGCCUGCGAUCAUCUUUAUCGACGAGCUCGACGCUUUGUGUCCAAAGAGAGAGGGAGCGCAGAACGAGGUGGAAAAACGAGUCGUGGCUUCUCUGCUGACUCUGAUGGACGGGAUCGGUUCAGAGGGUCACUCAGGUCAGGUGUUGGUCUUGGGGGCCACAAACCGGCCCCAUGCUCUGGAUCCUGCUCUGCGUCGACCAGGACGCUUUGACAAGGAGCUGGAGGUGGGCGUUCCCGGUGCUAAAGAACGUGCAGACAUUUUGCAGAAGCAGUUGAGUUUUGUACCAUGCAGCGCCACAUACGAGGAGCUGACGCAGCUGGCCGAGGCGGCUCAUGGAUACGUAGGAGCCGACCUCGCUGCUAUUUGCAAAGAAGCAGGUUUGCACGCGCUGAGGAGAGCCCUCGCAGGUUCCCUCCAACCCUCAGACCAGCAGCUGAUGGGGACGGUGACCGUCACUCUGCAGGACCUCCAGUGGGCGAUGUCUGUCGUGAAGCCAAGCGCCAUGAGGGAGGUCGCCAUCGAUGUCCCCAAG